GUUGGGUUGCCUUUGUUAACCAAGGAGGGCGCGGCUGCUGGGAUUUUCGCUGCGGGCUUCACUGAGCUGCGCUUGAUUGCCAGAUUGCGGUCGAGAUGUCCUACAUCCCCGGCCAGCCGGUCACCGCUGUGGUGCAAAGAGUUGAAAUUCACAAGCUGCGUCAAGGUGAGAAUUUAAUACUGGGCUUCAGCAUUGGAGGUGGAAUUGACCAGGAUCCCUCCCAGAAUCCUUUCUCAGAAGACAAGACAGAUAAGGGCAUUUAUGUCACACGGGUAUCUGAAGGAGGCCCUGCUGAAAUUGCUGGGCUGCAGAUCGGAGACAAGAUUAUGCAGGUGAAUGGCUGGGACAUGACCAUGGUCACGCACGACCAAGCCCGGAAGCGGCUCACCAAGCGCUCGGAGGAGGUGGUGCGUCUGCUGGUGACGCGGCAGUCGCUGCAGAAGGCAGUGCAGCAGUCCAUGCUGUCCUAGCAGCCUGCUGCGGUCCCUGACUUGUGCCUGCCUGCCUGCAUUGACGCCACCACGCUCUGUUUGCCCCUCAUCUUGGCUUCUGAUGUGUGCUGGGCCCCAGCUCCGAAAGGCCAGAGCUGGUCCCAGAGGCCUGUCCCUGGCCUGACUCGGCCUUCCUUCCCCUCUCCCACCACUGGCCUGAGCGUCUGGGACCAGCUCUCUCCUGCAGACACUGAUGGAAAGUAAGGGCCUGGAGUUGAAUUGUAUUUAGUCUGUAGUGACCACAGGUUUGGCCCGCAGACUCUGCUGCUGCAUGGCCUCAGCAGUGACCAGAUGGGCAGAGGCCCCACUUCAUGAGAGCCACCACAAAGUUGGAAGAUGCCAGGUGGGGCCGGCCUUUCCCACACUCAGUCCCAACUGUAGGGCUUGGCCUUGUCCCUGUGUCUCAGCUCUGCAGUGACUGUGCCCCGUUUUCCCUGCCUUCCCCAGCAGGGACUCGACACACUACCAGAGGUGCUACAGAGGUUUGCCUAUGUGGAAGCCAGGCAGGCUCACAGUUCACCCCAUUGCACCCCAUUUCCCUGAGGGGCGCUGACCUCCCCAGGGUUCACCUGCUUACGAGACUUAGACGAAAUUCAAGGCUGACAUUUCAGGGCAGUUCUGAGGAUUGCCAUCUCUAUGCCUGUGCGUUUAACUUUAUAUUUUUUUAAUCACAACUUUGAUACAAAAGCAUUUUUAUCUUACUGUUUGGAGGUGCCAAUUCUACUUCUGAAUUUAGCUUACUAAUUCACGUCUGGGAACAAGCAUUGCUCUGGUUCCUGUGGAAAUGGGGCAGUAUGAAGCUGCCCAUACCUGACAUCUUGUGCCUAAAUAAAGUGCUGGAAUUCA